CCUGAGCCUCCCGUUAAGCUACGGCGUCAUCCCCCAGUCAAUUUCUACCCUUCAUUUAUUUUUUUCCCCUUUUACCGUUCACUGCCACCCUCCCCCUCUUCUCGCUAGUGUUUUGUUUUACACGCCCGCCCCAGCGCGCGGUGUAUGUGCAGGAGGUUUAUGGUAAUUGCGGUCUCCCGACUGGCCUUCUGGGUAGAGUCUGCGCGAUUGAGAGAGCCGCUCGCGGUACAGCAAUCCACUCCGCUCCGCUUGCCCUGUUCGGCGUCUUCAGCAACUCGGCACGAAAGGAGCUACCAGGAACUUUCAGAGAAAAACUACGGAAAGAUAUACAUUCCCGACCUUUUUUCCCAAUAUCGACGGAGAUAAAUGGUAUAUUUUCGGAAUAGACUGGGAUUGACGAGAUUGGAAGUAAGAGCUUUGAAACGGCAUGCUCUGAUAAAACCCAACAUGGCGCUGCGAGAUACGACCGAGCUGAAUGCAUUUCUGGAGUCCGCGGACCUUACCACCUGUAUCCUUGCGCACUGCUAAACUGUACGUUACCAGCCACUGGGACGUUCUAUAAAGGAUGAUUGGAAACCUUAUUUCUAGGGAUUUGUCACACUAAGUCGAUUUUGACGGUUUUUCUCUCGUCUGUAAACAUAUUGACAUUUCACUGUGAAAAAGUGUUGUGCGAGUGUAAAGGAAACACUAUAACAUAUGGUUUAAUUGACUGACAAGUAAAUAACCCGUUAGACACACUUCUGAAUAUUUAUAUCCAACGGUUUGAAUAUUCACUGGCCCGAGAUGUCUAUGAUUUUAUAACGGAAUCGUAACCUCCACGCACGAAUAUUUGCUCAGAGCCGUGAACAACUUGGAAAAACGGGAAAAGGAAAGUUGGAAAUAGAGGAUAUUGACCAGAGCGCUGGUCGUUUGGAGGUGUUUUAAGAUGGACUGUCCCAUGAGGGGAUGACAUGCUCUCUGCUACACAGAUGUACGGAACGGUUCCCCCAUGGAUGAGUCACGAGAGAGCCCAAAUGUAUGGGAUGGUCAUGGAGGAGAGGAGAGUACCUGUUAGUGAUGCGGGGACCCAGAGAAACCUGGAUUUAAGAGAAGGCAACCACAUCACACAAAGCAUGGUGGAUGCCAGGCUAACGCCCCUUGCCGCCAUGGGGCUGGACCGCAAUGCCUUGAUGCGGGACGGCCUCCGCCUGCAUGGCAGCGUAGUCUACCCAGGGAUCCGAGCGCUGUCAGCCGAGAAGCCCCACGAGGGGUCCACCACCCUCCCCCUCGGCUACAACCGGGACGGCCUUCCAGACCUCCUCUACAAGCCUGACGUUUCCAUGGACCGGAGCAAGCCUACCAAUGGCUACCUGGACCUGUACAAGAGUCCUCCACCAAGCCUCCAUAGGGGACCAGAAGGGCUGGACAGGAGAGGUGUGGGACCUGGGGGGGAGAAGCCCUCAGAGCUGGGUCUGGGGGGUGCUGGUGCAGGAGCAGGCGGGUACCUGCGUCUGCCCUGGGGGCUGAGUCGGGGGCUGUACCCCGAGGCGGGCAUCUACCCCUAUAUGGACUCUUCCAAGUAUGCGGCCCUCAGCAUGUACAAGGCCCAGUUCCUCAACCAGCCCAGCCCCUACCUGCCCCAGCACCUGGCCUACCAGUCCCUCUGUGCCUCCCAGGGGGGGAACAUGAACCCUGCUGCUGCCUCCGCCGCCGAGAGGCUCUACUACAUGCCCCCCUACCCCCCGUCCCCCAUCUCCUCCCCCCUGGUGGGGUCUCCCAUGAGGAUCCCAGCGGUGUCGGUGGCCCCCACCUCCAUUGUGCACUGCCAGGAGAAAGGAUUGAGUGUCGGGUCUCGUGUCCACCACGAGGGGUCUCCGUUUGGGCAGCAGCUUCACCAGCCACCCCCUCCGCCCCAGCACCUUCUACCCCCCCACACAGACAGAGACAGAGACAGAUCCCCCAGCAAAAGCAAUAAGCCCAGUAGACCCCCCUCCAACAAAGGAGCCAGUAACAGCAGUGGUAGUAGUAGUAGUAGUAGUGGUGGUAGCAGUGGUGGGAGUAAUACUAAUAGUAGUAGCCUUCCUAUUGAUUCCUCCCCUCGCGCCUCUUCUCGCCUCCCCCAGCCUGCUCCUCCCCUGCCUCCCCCUCACAUAGACAACACCAUAGACCUACAGAGGGCAGUCUCUAGAAUAGUACCAUUAUCUUCCUCCUCUUGUUCUUCUUCCUCUUCCCAGACGAUACCUCACUCGUUCUAUGUGAGCAGCAUGGCUUCAGAGCACCCAUCCCCUGCCCGGCCCAGCCCCCACAAACCCAGACCCAGAGAUGGGGUGUCGGAUCACAGGGCUGGGGGAUGUGAGAAGAGACCCAGUCAGUGCCCUUCUAAACCAUCCUCUGAGCGGCCAGCCCCACUGAACCAGCCCCUGACUACCAAAGACCCAGCAGACCCAAAGCCUCUCGACCUCUCUGGAAGAUGGUUGGAGUUAGGCCUGUCUCCUAACAGCUUCCCUGUGAAGAUGGAGGCUCUGGGGUCCCCAGGGCCUCGGUACGGACCUCUCCCCAGCCGGGAGCUCCUGAAAGAGACCCUCUCUCUCUCACCCCCCUCCCUACCCUCCCACUCCCUCUCAGUGGUCAGCAGCACAUCCUCUAAAGCCCCAGAGAGGCCGGAGAUGAUCAGCACUUUGCACUCCUCCUGGGUGGUGCCCACCCUUACACCCACCUACACCAUUGUGUCCACCCACGCACACCCCCACCCCCCAGCCCUGUCCCCAUCCCCCAGGCCCAGCCCAGACACCCAAGGGAAUGGCUCCUCUCCAUCUGUCAUCAAACACAAGGCUCUGGAGAGAGUCCUGCCCCAGCAACGCAGUCCAUCCUGCCCCAGGGUAGGAGAGACAAAUACUACCCCAAUACCUUCCAAUCUCAAUCCCCCCUCCACAAUACCCUUGUCCCCCAAACCCAAUAAUGAUUGGCCCAAACACAGCCCCAGCCCAUCAGAAAGUUCCCCCAUGGCCAGCCAUCAUAGGAACUCCACAGAGAAGCCCCCCAAAGCCACCAAGAGGGCUGAGACAUCCCGGGAGGUGUCUCCAUAUAAUAAACGUCAGUGUCUAGAGAAUUCCAAUGGGCACCCACCCAGCCAUCUCUACCUGCCCCAGAGCGAGGCCUACCUACCUCACAGCAUGGUGUAUGCCAACCGAUACCUGCACUACUCUGUACCCGACGGCAUGGCCCUCCACUCUCUCCCUCUGCCAGGGAAGGGCCCUGCCUACCCUCCCCCCAUCCUGCUUGGCAGUAACAGCCUUUACCCCUCCCACCUGGCAGCCAAACACCCCUUACCAUACCACAGCUACCCUGGGGAGUACCUCACGUACAACUCCCAGGAGAUGGCCCACCCUCUGAUGCACACACACACAGACUCUAAAGCCCUGGAGCGGGCAGAUCAGCGGCCCAAGUCCCGUGGCCAGGGCCAGGACAAACCUAGGGGACUCAAAGAGGAUUUUGAUGGGUCCCACAGGGGCCGGAGUGAUGUGGAGACAGGGGAGGGGUCCCAUGUGAAGCGCAAUAAAGAUGCAGGGGAGUGGGGAGGGAGCCAGCCCAGACCCCUCUCCUCCUCCAGCACCAGUAUCUCUUCCAAAGAUAGAAUCGUCUGCAUUGACCUCGUACACUCCGACACAGAUGGAGAGUCCACGCCGGCCGCCAACAAGCCGCCACUCCCUGUCAUUGUUCCCAUCACCAGGGGCAACCAACACCUGUGUGGCCAUGGCGACCAAAGCAUGAGGGAAGUGGAGCGAGAGCCAGAACACCAACUGCAUCAUCAUCAUCAUCUUCAUCACCACCCCAGCCCAAGCUCCACCCUGAGAACCUCCCACACAGACAGACAACCAGAGACCCUCUGUAUGAGACCCAGGCCCCUCCAGGAGACGGGCUGUACGGGUUUGGCCUCUAGCCCACCUCAGGGCUCCCCAGGACUGGUUACUCGGGCCGAGGAGAGCCGUGAGGGCCAGAGCCCUUCCUCAGACCCAAGGGACCAGGGGGAGCAGGGCAAAAGCACCCUGCGCUGUGCCCGCACAUCUGGGGACCGCAAGACAAGAGACCGGACUCUUGGCGAUUGUGACCGCACCGCAGUAGACCGUACAACUGGCGAUAGUGGCCGCAUGCCUGGCGACCGCACGUCUAGAGAGGAGAGAGAAGAGAUGGACAGACGAUCCUCCUCCCACCCCAUCCAUCGCUACAUGGACCUGGGGAAGGAAAGAGAAAGAGAAGGAGGGAGCGUUGAAGACACAGAGGAGUCACAUGGAGAGGGGGAUGAGGACGAAGAGGGUGGACGAAGAGGCUCACGGAGGACCAGUCUGACCAAGAGGAUCGCUAACUCUUCAGGCUACGUCGGCGACCGCAUCAAAUGUGUCACAACCGAGCUGUAUGCAGACUCUAGCAAGCUGAGUCGGGAACAGCGCGCCCUGCAGAUGGAAGUCAUAUCACGAGAGGAGAGUAAUAUAAGUCGCCCUGCAGCUAACUGGGAGCGGGCGAUGAUGCGGUUCUCGGAGCUGGAGCUGAAGGAGAAGGAGUGCGGGGGUGUGUGUGUGUCUGCGUCGGCAGCGGUAGCAGGACAGGAGUUGGCAGACCGCCAGCGGAGAGAAAGAGAGUGGGAACACUGCCAACACACCGCCAGGCAGGGAGAGAGGGAGGGUGGAAGGCAGGACUAUGGGAACAACAGAGUCCCAGUCCUCCAGAGGAGUGGGGGCCAGAGGGAGAGCCUGUACACAGGGCAGGAGGCCUGGGAGGGGGCUAGAGAUGGUGCCAGAGAGGGUGAGGGUUGGCGAUGUUCACCCCCAGUCCUGGCACUGGCAGACCGGCACCUUCAGGAGAAGGGUGGGCAGGGCAUGGUACCCAUUAGGAAACACACACACAGCCUACAGAAGGGAGAGGAGGAAGGAGAAAAGAGCUCAGAGAAGGCCAGAAUGACUUCAGAUGCGUGCGUGCUGUGGGGCAGUGAGCAACCUACGGCUCCUACUACUAAUGAUGAUGAUGAUGAUGAAGAGGUGAGGAAGCUGAAGGUGUGUAUCGAGCUGAAGGGGCUCCGCCUCCGCAAGCCCACCUCUUCCUCCCCCGAGAGGCCAGAGGUCAAAGAGGAGAGGACAUGGUUAUCACAUCACAGCCCCUCCUUCCUGCCCCGGACCCUCCCCCCGACCCCAACCUGGAACCCAGCCCAUGCUCCGCCCCCUCGGGACAGGAAGUUCAAGGUUGAUUCGGAAGUGAAACCUCUGUCACAGAAGCCAGAGAUCACAAAGAGCUGGGCCAGAGAGAUGCUGGCUAAUGGAGACGCUAAACGAGUUGGACUGCUCCCUUCAACCCAGCAGAGGGACAGAUCUGCCCCCCAGGGGCCCCUCGUGGGGCAAGGAUGUGACUGGGGAUCCAAGGAGCCUAGGAGAGGAGGGCUGGGGGUGAAAACUGAGGGUCAGUGCCUCCCCCCCUCAGCCCCUGAGCCCCCCACCAAAGACACUGCCUCUCUCAAGCCCCGUCGUCAUAGCGACACGGACAAACCCAAGGGCAAGCGGCCGUGCAAGACAAAACACAUCAGCCAAAGAGAGAGGGAGCGGAGGAGAGAGCUGCUGAACGGCGGCAACAACCAGCAUGGAAGCACUGAUCUGGGAGCAGCUUUGGAGGACAAGGUCAGUGAGCAGUGUGCUCGGAGGAAGAGACCCUCUUCGCCCCUCCAUUACCUCGGUUCUCCGGUCAAGCCCUGUUCCCGCUCAACGCGGCCCCCUUCCGUACCCCCUCAGGUGAACGGCUCUGGGACUGUCCCACCGGAUGGAGCAGGGGUGAGGAGGGCCCCGCCUGCUGAGCCUCCCGUGGUGCGGCCCAUCCCCCCAGAGGCGCGGAGACUAAUUGUCAAUAAGAACGCUGGAGAGACGCUGUUACAGAGAGCAGCACGGCUCGGAUACGAGGAGGUGGUGCUGUACUGUGUGGAGAACCGUGUGUGUGAGGUGAACCACAGGGACUACGCAGGCUACUGUGCCCUCCACGAGGCCUGCGCCCGCGGCUGGAUCUCUAUAGUCAUACACCUGCUGGAGCAUGGGGCCGACAUCAACUGCAGCGCACAGGAUGGCACCAGGCCUCUGCAUGACGCGGUGGAGAAUGACCAUCUGGACGUAGUGCGUGUGUUGCUGUCCUACGGGGCUGACCCUACUCUAGCCACCUACUCCGGCCGCGGUCUGCUCAAGAUGACCCACAGCGACAGCAUGGAGCGAUUCCUCACUGAUUAUUUUGCUGACCUGCAGGGCCGCUCUAAUGAUGACCCAGAAAUCUAUUGGGAAUUCUAUGGCAGCGCUGUGUGUGAGUCGUUAGAGGAGGGCAAUGUGUGUGACGUACUGGCGGACCCCCCAGGGCCGGAGGACAAGGACAGGAGGGAGCUCUUUGAGUUUGAGUUCUCCGACCAACCUCUCCUCCCCUGCUACAACAUUCAGGUGUCCCUGUCGCAGGGGCCCAGGAACUGGCUUCUCCUCUCAGAUGUUCUCCGGCGGCUGCGAAUGUCUGCCCGUUCCUUCCGCUCCUCCUUCCCCCACAUGGAGGUGGUGACGAUGGCCGAGGCAGAGUUUUACCGCCAGGCAUCUCUCUCCCAGCUCUUCUCCUGCCCAGACGAGCUGGAGGGCUUCCAGCCUGACAGCAAGGAGCUGCUGGACCUGGUGGAGGGGAGUGCUGAACUGGCCGCUCUGCUGGGUUCUAAUCUAGAGUGCCUCGACGACCGCUGGGACGAACCCCCGGAGGCUAACGCUAAUGUUGAUGAAAAGGCUAAUGUCAAUGGGAAGAUUAGGGCUAUGGCUAAUGCUAACAGUAACGUUAACGCUAAGGUCAAUGGGAACAUUAGGGCUAUGGCUAAAGGUAACAUUAGCGCUAAGACUAAUGGUAGCACUCAUGUUAAAGCUAAGGCUAACGCUAACAGAAGGUCGUGACCUGAACUUUGACCCUGAAUUCUGAAUCCCUGCUCUACAGUGGGGGGUUAAAAUGGGUGAAUGAAUAAGACCACCGCCCUGAGAUCUGAGAUUGAACUCCUGCUCUGUACCUGUGUGCUGGACAGACAGAGCAGCAGAGACUGAAUAUGUAUGUCCAUCAAGCGAAGAUGGAGAGACGACUGUAACUUAACAAUGGUCUUAUUUUUUAUAAAUGUAUUAAUAUAUGUAUAAAUAUAUAAAUAUAUCUGGAAAUGUUUUCUCAAUUUCUAUCCUUCAAAGUGUGGUUGUGUUGUCAUGAAUGAAAGGUUGUGUACAGAGGCGUCAUGCCCAUGUCACAGAGGCACGUUCCCUCUCAGAUUUGUCCUGUUGUGAAAAAAUAAAUCCAAAUUGCAAUAUAUUUUUUUUGUAUUAUUAUAUAUUUUUUAUGUAACACUAGCCACUUGGUUGUUUUAUGAAGUUGGUUUUAGCUAGCCCAAAUAGGUUCCCAAUCUACCAACCUUAUUACUCACUAACUAGAAGCCAUAGCUAGCUUGUCUAACUAUUUUAGCUAGCAUGCCUGCUGGCACCGUUGGUAGACUUUAGAAAAGCAAACAAUAACUAAAUGUACUGAAUAAGACUCACAUUCCUUUCAAUCUUUUAACAAGAUUUAAUCAGAGAUGCAGAGAAGCAUAUAUAGUUUCUUUGAAAAAAGAACCGCCAGUCAGGAGGAUAUGCCGCAAAAAAAUAUACUUUUUUUUAGUCUUUAUUUAAAAAAAAGACUGUUUCGGGUGUUUGAAAAAUGCUUCAUUCUCCAACUUCAGGAUAGGGGGGCCUAGCCCACCUCCAAACCAACCCCCAACCAAUCCUCACUCACUUUGUGCCCCCUCAGAUAUUUGGGGUGCAUGACGCCCCUGUUUGUGUGUGUACAGUAUGUGUGUUAAACAGUACAUUAUGUGUGUGUGUCAGUUUAUACGGCAGUGUGUGUACAGUCUGAGCACUGAGGCUGCGCUUUUGAAUGUGACAUUUUGUGUUGAUAGGAAGCACACGUUGACGAUCUCUUCUAAUAGUUUUUUGGUCUGCUCAGACAGACUUACCGCCCUCUUCACCCUCAGGGGCUGUUUUGAACCUGUGUUCAAUCUGCUUCUCAUUUAGUCUCUAAGUUCACUUGCUAAACUGCAGAGAGAUGUGUUUUUGUAUAAUAGGAACGUUUUAAAGAUGAUGAGAAGAUAUUCGGCAUCUUGUACAUAACAGGGUGGCGAUUGCAGUACAGUAUCAAUUUUACUGUUUGAUGGGUCUUUUUUUUUGGUUUCAACUUUGCAAUUAAAAUAUCUCAUUUGUAUUUAUAUUUUACAAAAAAAAUUGCUUUAAAAUAAAUCUUAAAAACUGCAAGAGAAAG